CCAUCAAAUUAUAAAAUACACGAAGGGAUUGGAGCUACAUCUACAAAUGUUGAACUUGAGAAAAAUUCAUUACAUUUUAGAUCAGUGAGUUCGGAAUAUAACGUGCAGAAGCGGGAGGAAGAUAAAAUUUUAUCCGUCAAAAAUAAUCCAUCUAAUUGCAAUGUCCCUUCACCUUUAAAUGAACACCAAUUUUCAAUUCAAGUUUUUCAUGAGGAUGAGCAAGAUGAUGAAGAGAUGACGGAUGAUACUAAUUCUCGUGAUUAUGAUCGGAACAUCGAUAAUAAGGAAAAUGAGAUAAUUGCGAUGAAGGCUCUCCCAAUUACAGAAAUGAAUGUAGACGAGGAUAUACAUGUAAUUAUAAGUUCUUUAUAUGAAAAAGUAGAUACUUUACAUCAAGACUUUCAACAAUUCAAAACAGAGAUAAAACACGAAGCAGCUAAAAAUAACACAAAAUUGAAAGAAAUAGUUGCUAUUUUAAGAGAAAGUUUCCAAAGAAAUGAAGAAAAUGAAGCAAUAACUAUGGAUUUAAUGCCUGAAUUUCCAAUGACAUCCGUCGAGGAAUACGUACAAUUUAAUGAAACAUUGAAAAAUGAUGAAGCAAUUCGUAAAUGUUUUGAAAAGAAAAUAAAGUGUAUUGGUGGUGACUCUACACAAAAAAUGAUCUCCAAUAUACUCACAUAUUGCAUAACAUUUGAUGUAGGACACAAGUUGACUUGGACUGGUGCAAAAAAUACUAUCGCAAUCGAAAAUACAACUUUUGCAAACAUUAUAGUACUGUCAAUCGUACAAAAGGAAAUGGACCUGACUGUACCAUUGCAUUGAUUGUCAAGCAUGUAAAAAACUGGCUGCAACAUGCAGGUGAUAAAAUGAGAUAUCGAAACAAAA